UCUGCUACUGGUGCGUGUGGGUGCGCCGAUAUCACGUUGUCGGUGCGUGGCGGUUGCCUGUGCGGCGGUUGCCUGUGCGGCGGUUUUCCCGUUCGUUUGCUUUGGGACGCGGCAGCGGCGUCCUUUUGACAACUGCAUCGCUCGCGGAGCGUAUCUUAUCUUACACACACGUCGAUAAAAAUAAAAAAAAAACUACGAUUUUCUGGAGUGCCCGACGAGGUGUGUGGAUCGCGCUCUUGAGACUGUGAGUGCUUGCAUUCGCGCUACAUCGCGUAGUCGCCGAAAGGAUUACCCUACGUGGAUCAAGCAGAGCACUUACAGGUGUUUUCUGGUGCCGAGCUCCAGCAGUGCUUCGCCUGUUGAAUAUUGAGAAUGUGUUAGUGAUCUCCCGUUGAGGUGACCGGUCGUCAUGGCAGCAGUGUUCGGAAAAGUGCAGCAGGCAAUGGAUAGCCGUACCUACCUGGCCGAGCUGAUGAGCGAGCGGGAGAAGUUGUCCGGGCAUGCCGCCAGGCUGGUGGACCAAGAGAUACAGCGCGUACAAAGCCAGAAUGGCAGCAGCUCUCGGUCAUCCCACACCUGGGUGCCACCUGGACCCCUCAUGGACAUUCACAAGGGGCGCUCGGUGCGACUCCAGGUUCGAGUGCAAGUGCCCGUCAAGGACCACCCGAAUUUCAACUUUGUAGGCAAGCUGCUGGGACCCAAGGGCAACUCCCUAAAGCGUCUCCAAGAAGAGACACAGACCAAAAUGGCCAUACUUGGCAGAGGUUCUAUGAGAGACAAAGCGAAAGAAGAGGACCUGCGAAAGCUGAAGGACCCAAAAUACUGGCACCUUCACGAAGAGUUACACGUGGAGGUGAAUGCCUUCGCACCGCCGGCCGAGGCCUACCGGCGCAUGGCUUUCGCGCUUGCACAACUCAAGCCCUUCCUAGUGCCCGACUACUACGACGAGAUCAGACAGACGCAGCUUCGAGAGCUUGCACUUCUCAAGAAUGACCGCAAGAACGGGGUGGCCUCGGCGGUGUCCCUAGAAUUGUCGCCUUCAUUAUCCCAGGCGUCCCUUACUGCUGCGCCACCAACCACGGCGUCACCUCCAUGUGGCAACGAACUAGUCGUGGUCAACGGUGGCAAUAACGCUUCUGUGCUGCAGGAAGCGUCUUCGUCCUGCCACUCUUCACCACCCACGCCUCCUAUGCACCCGGCACUGCGAACUGGAGUGCCCGGCCUGGUGCUUACGGCCGACGGCCUUUCGCAGCUUCCGCCACACAUUCAGGUUUCUUCAACAGCGGCGGGCCUCACCCGAGGCGUGGUCGCCCCACCAACGACAGCGGCGGCCGUGUCCGCCGCAGCUGCAAAAGCCGCCUACCUGCUGCACGGAUCGAGGGUGCUGCCCGUGCGGCUGUCACGGAAGGGAGCCCUGCGAGCUGCUGCGCUGACGCUGGGCCGUGCGGCUGCGGUUGGAGCUCUGCGGCAUGGCGCUGCCGUCGAGCUCAUUUCCGCCGAUUGCGCUGACGAAUUUCUCUACGGGGACGAGUAUCCGGAUAACAACUUUGAUGGCAAUGUCUACGAGCAAGCUUUCACUACCAUCGAAGAGCAGGGAUUUCCCCGACAGAACGCAGAAGACAUGCAGAACAAUGGGUAUGCCACGGAUGCUGAUUUUGCAGAAUGGGCAGAGCCCGCACUUCGAACCCACUGCCAUCUGCCAGCACGUCUGAAACCUUCUCAGGCGAUGACUCGAAGACUUUACCGCCCGUACGGUCCAUUGCCGUCACGGUUUUGAGUGUACAUCCAACAAGUCUCUGUGGCAGCGUGGUGGAUGACGACUGGAGAUCUCUACAGUAAACCUUUGUAGUGCAGCCAAGGCCAAAGCUAUCACAAGUUGUAUAUAGCCACAGUUCCUUUCUUUAUUAUUCAUGAGAGGCCUACAGUGGAGAGCUUUGUACUUUGUGGGAAUUCGCGGUGCAUACCACCAUUUCUCUUAGGAAGUGCACCAUUAGUUACUCAGAUAACUGCUUUAAAUUACAGAACGAAGUCUUUUGGAAGAACUAGAUUACGACAUCAGUGUUGUCACUGGCAAUGUGUCAAGUGCUGUCAAACAGAUGCUGCGAGCUGUUUCGACAAAGCACUCCACUUCUGUAAAUACUUCUCUGAAACACUAAUCCUCUCUUCUCAGCACUAAAAAUUCCCAGCUUAGAGUCGAUUAUAUGGCAUGAAGAUGUGUAUGAGCUGUUCAGCCAUUAAGGUAAGGGUUUAUCAGAACUGGAAGUGGCCGACGAAAGCAUACCGAAAAAUCUGCACAUCUUUUUUUCUAUGUGCUGUAGGCAAUUUGUAUGCUUUACUGCUAGAGGAAACUGAAGUGCUAGAUUCACGUCAGGCUUUCAGCUCAUAUACAUCAGUAAUUAACUCUGUAUGCUUUAGCGUGUACACUAUGUAUUUGAUUGUAGCGGUGUAAUAUCCCCAUGUUUGGUGCUUUCAAUCCGCAGAAGCUGCUGCGUCCACAAAAAGUCUUUACUGUGAACCCCUCCUUUAUUGCUUUACUUUAUUUAUGUGAAUGAAGUCGGUGUUAAGUUAUUUGGGAAUAUGGCAUUGCAUCAAUGUAAGCACUGCGUUUCUUGUAUUCACAACCUUUGCAUUUUUAAAAUUUUUGUUGCCACAUGAUUGAACAUGUGGGCAGAAUCACUGUCCUGUCAAUAUGUUUUUUUUGUUAAGUUCAUGGUUGGUAAUAUUGAUGAGACUGAUGGCAUUUAUUAUGAGUACACGUGAUGUAAAAUACCUGUAUUCAGGAUGGUCAAAUCUCAAUCACAAUAUAUGCCCAUUUCCAUUGUUAUCUGCAUGUUUUACUGUGGUAUGUGUAUCAUGCGAAUAGCAUUAUAUAAUGCCGUACCCCACACAUACUACAGUUCCAUAUGUGACAUUCAAAGUAUGAAUGUUUGCAUGCAUGAAUUGAAAAAGACAAUGAAAUUUAUUACAAUUCCUUACUUGAUAGGGUGAAAGGAGUGGGAAAUUGUACACUUUCACAAUUGCACUGUAUAUGUAUAUUUAUGAUAGUAAUAAGUAUUAGUUUCAGAGCUGUCAACGGUGCUGAAGAGAUGUCGGUGAAGUUGCUCUACUCUGCCUUCAUGAGAGUUUGUACUGGAAGCUUUGUAAGACCGAGUGAUCUAUCUCUUAUCCAAUUCCACAAGACCUGCAAAGACUGAAACCAUUUUUCUCCUGCUGACGCUUUUUUUAUGGCCAACACUGUAGCGAAGAAGAGGUAGUAUUGCCUUGUGCGCAAACCUUCACUGAUUGCGAAAAAACGAACACGUGAAAAUACUUGAUAGCAGCUUUCGAUCUGUUCUAUGCCAAUGACAGAUAAGGAAUUAACAUGAACUGGGCUGUAGAGAAAUAAGGAGUCUUAAAACUUGUGGUGUAUACGUUGUUGAGGGUUCAGUUAAAACAGUUUGAGAAAAUUUCCCAUAUGCGCAAUUCAUUUCCUGUUCAUUCUGUAUGAAAAUCAUAACUUUACUUUCCAUAAUGAAGUUAUGUCAAUGAUAUGAGCAUCAUUUGUUGGCAAGACUAAGCAAGACUACAAUUUUUCUGGGCAUUACAACUGAACUAAAGGCAGCAAAUUGAGCAUUUAUCAACAUCGACCACACUAUUAGCCUUAAGAUAAGGUAAGCUUUGGGCAAUUGAGCAGUAACGUUCUAACUACUGGUACAAUUGGAUAUGUGCAAGUGUAGACACCAUGUUAAGCUUUCUGACUAUCUCGAAUUUCAAAAGAUAUCCUGUAGAUUUAACAAUAUGUUGUACAAAAGUUGACAAAAGCAACUGAACCUCUUUUCCCUCGUUCAAAUUUACACAUCUGUUUGAUAUCUACAUCACCUCUCAAUAUCGUCAGUAAAGUUUUAUUAUUCUCUAGUCAAGCUAUUAUCUCUAGCUUUAUCAUACAUUUUGAUUCAACAAUGGCACUGCACUUGUUGACAAUAGAGAAAACAACAGUAAUAUUUUGGAUAAUUGCAAUUUUAACAUAUUAGGCUGAACCGGAGACACCACAGAAACAAACAGAAGCAAUAACACUACACACACAACGAAAUUACAUUUUAAUCACAAGGAUAGCAUCAUUCUUUUUGUCUUCAUUACGCUAAACCUACCGCUCAUAAUUCUAUGUAAGGCGAAAAAUGUCCUGGCAGGUUGUGUUGCGAAUUUCUCCCUGACAGUUCUCAGGCAGCACACUUGCAAGAAACGUGAGCAGUGAUGCCGGUAAGCAUGAGAAUCUAAGCCAUAAGCACUGAGCCUAACUUUCGUUUAUUCAAAUAAGACAGCCAAGUGACGAAUUUUCUUUCAGGGCCAUUGCUUAAUCGACUGGCCAGCUAUCUUGCGACUUCAUACAGAAAAUCAACAUUUGAGUUAACAAAAUCAGUUGCUUUGUUUUGGUCAAGAAUUGGAUAGCGAAGCCGGUUUAUUUUUACCUUUCCCUAUUACUGGUUCUUGAUAGUCCGGGACAUAUGUAAAACCUUUUCCUUCGUGUCUAUUGUGUAAAAGUCAGUUCACUAACUUUCAUAUGGGAAAUUCACUUAGCUUAAACUACACAACACAACAGUUAGAUUUAAACAUCAUAAGUCAAAACAUUGAAAAUAAAGUGUCCUACGUAUUCAUUUUCUUAAUACCUUAAGUUACAGAUUCACUAAGAAGCUCAUGUGAGUUGCAUUGUCUUAUGUAUUACUUAUUUCAUAAAUAUUGACAAGCAUUUUCUGGUAAAUAAAAUAGUAGCAUUUAUGAAGUGAACAAUGAAAUGAAGUUUUUAUUUUGUGCAAACCCAUUUCAAAAUAUCGUUUUAUUUAGGAGCUCUAUUCACAGGUGGAAUGUCCAAACGAAGCAUGAAAUAAUGUCUCAUGUAUCGCUGCGUUAAAACUUGUUGUCUCAAUGCCACCAAGUUUGCAAAUAAUGAGUGGCGUAAUUGUUGCUUUAGUUAUUUUUCCUACUUUUAAUUUGAAUGCAGCUUCUCUUCACCCCUCUCCUCACUCAGGCUUAUAACCAUUUGAGAUGUCGCACGCUUGCUUCUACAACAUUAUUCGUAAUCGUAACUUUUUGCCUCAAUGCCCUAAAUCACAGUGCUAGGUAAGGUUUCUUAUGUGUGCAGUUCCUACUUGAAUGCUGCCAGACGAACUCAUUAUCACAUUGAAUGAUUUUUGUGCAUUUAGUUUUUAAGUUUUUUAUUGCCUCCACUUUGGUGAUAUUUUUUUUGUUUCACACUGAAACAUGAAAGCAUGUUCAAGCGAAAUUGCCAUGACAUCUGAAAACAAAUAUUCGGUGGUUAUAUGAUUGUACAAUUUUUCUAGAGCACUGAGUUGUGGUCAUGAGUGGUGACAAGUGUAUUACGUUGUUGCUACAAGGGUUUCACAAUUACAAUGACCGAAAUUAUAAGUUAUGAUGUGAACUUUUCUGAUAAUCUUCGUACUGCAAAGAAGCAUUUUUCCUAAUACCUAUAGGCAUACAUUUUUCUGUAUAUACUGCCAUGUAUUAGUCUUGUGUGUCUAGAGUUGCUUAAUUGUUUCCCCAUCUGUGCCCCAUAUAUUAGUUUUGCCUCUAUUAAGACUUAAUGCUAUGUUUGCCCCAAAAUGUUGUGUAAACAGCAGUAUACACUUCGAUAAUCCAACAUGAGAUAGCGAAACACAGCUGCUGAAAAUUGCAGUAAUACGGAAAGACGGGCUACUCUGCACUGAUCCCUGUGUUUCUAUCGUAUUUCUCCUUGUGUGCGUGUUUAAUCUUCAGUAUGCUGGAAGCUCACUGAGUAUCAGUAGUCAAUUGGCUAUCCAUUGGCUACCUCCAGAAGCAGGAGGUGAUCAAAUUUUGGAAGCCAGAUUGUUCAAGAGGCAAUCCAUCCUUUGAACAGCUUGACAUUGACUGUAGAGUGUUUUUCUGUAUGUAGACAUAGUCACUCUGUAUGGUGCUGUUGCCUCUACAAUCAAAGGAGUGCUUUGAGUUCUUGGUCUUGUUUUCUAUGACGUCAGUUGAGAAUUCAUUAGGUUUUUACCAGUGAUUAUGUUCCUGCAAUAAACAUAAGUUGUCCUGUUUUCUUUCUUGUAUACGGUUUCAUGAACGUUGAAUAUUAGACCCUAAAAUGCUAUGUAGGCGUGUCUUCUGUUUUCCGCAUGCUUAUUAGGUGCAACCAUUAUGUAUAUGGUUAUUACACCCAACAAUAAGUUCAUAUUUGGCGCUCUUUUGAAGUGGCCUUUGGAAUGCUAGUGUGAACCAGAGCAUGUUACUAAAGCUUUUAAUGACCUCAAAAACAACCUAUGUAAAAACAGCUGGCUGAGAUGUUUGAGCCUUCCAUUUACACAGCAGUUGGUGUAUUGUGAAAUACAGAAUAUAAACAAGCUAUCGUUUGAAGAACGCUGGCUCGUGGCCUACGUCUUUUGAGAACAUCCAAGUAAAAGGUGGUGCCAAAACUUAGGCGAAAACACCUAAACUUUACUAUAGCCUGAUUAUUUAGUAUUUUUUUCGUACUUGUUGAUUUUUACCUUUUAUAUUAACUGUCCUACUAUAAUACUAGCAUAAUAUUUUCAAUGCUCAGAGAUAAAAUCGCAUUCAAGCACGGCUCACGUGCAAUAUGUCCCCUUUGACAGGCUUCAUUAUUUUUCUUGCAGCUGUCGGCAUGCUUUCACUGUGGUGUCAAGCAUUUAUGCAAUUUUUUUCAGUUAAAUCAUGGUGAGGUCAGUAAACAAUAACCGGGUUGGACUAUAAAAAUUUCGAGUUUGUGAAAUCUGUUUGCAUUUCGUUGGCUGGCAUUGCUCCUGUGAUAUCUCAACGGCCACUCUUUUUUGGUGCCUGGAUGGUUGGUAACAACUUUAUUUAUAGUCUUGCGAAUAUUUAUUGCUUUUAAAACAGUUUGUUGGACUGCCAGAAACUGCCACAUGGUUAAUAUUUUUUCUAGUUUUCUUUCUUUCACUUGCAUGCUUUUUGUUGACCACACAUCCUAUUGCAAUGAAAACAAACAAAAAAACUCAUUACCGACUGCACGGAAAUGCUGCAUCCUGCCGAGCAGGAUAACUUGUCUAGCAGAGUUUCGAGAAUUCUUAUUGUAAGAGCCAUGUCGAAAAGAAGCAUAUUCUCUUUGUUCACGCAUUAUUACAGCGGGUACCAUUGCACAAGUUGAUUAUGCUGCAUGUUAUUUUAGUUGUAUGCAUAGAGAGGCAUGCCUCAUAUAGUAUUUUCAUUAGGGGGUUGUUCGCAAAGGUUCACUCACUAUUUGAGAUUAGGGUUGUGUAGUCAAGUUCGAUGGGCCAUGCGUUUUGCUGGAAAGUGAAAUCAAAUGUGCGUCUUUAUUUGAGACGUCGCGAUUAAUGCUGUAGGCAACUGGCUGUGCUUCUGCAGGACCAAAAAGUGUGAGCAGUCUGCUUCAGCACAUUGUUUUCUUUUAUGAAAAUGUUGAAGUACAAUGCUUUAAUGUUUUGCAGGCUUUCAUUAGUGGCUAAUAAUGUUCGUUUGGAUUUAAAACUACCCGUGACGAAAAGGAAUGGAUACUAUAAAAUCUUAGUGGUAAUUAUUCAGUGCUUGAAUCAAUAAAACAGGGGAUUGUGGCGACCCAUCACUGUGACAUAGGGUAUGGCUGAAAAUAGCGAGAAGGAAGGUACAGAUACUAAAAACGCUUUACUAGUGCACGAAUAUAGAACAGUGGUUUCAUUGUCGUAAAUGCAAGCUUCGAAGCAUAACACAAUCUCGAAGCAUAACAUUUGUAAAUUGCUGACCAAUAAUGAAUCCUCCCACUCAAGCAGUUUGACGGAAAGAGGUUGUGCAACACAGUUUAAUCAAAAACAUGUUGAGUAAUUUCUGGCAUUGUCUGAUCUUCAACAUACGUGCUGAACACGCUUAAGUACACGAUUAGCAAUUCCUUGAAUAUUUUGAACUAUCUUUUCCGGAUUAGGCACCAGAAACAAGUCUUAGCAGUUCAAGAAAUACUUAGGAAAUCGCAGACCGGGUGCUUACAGAGGGUUCUGUGUGCAUUUGAAGAUUUAUAUUAUUCUAUUGAACAAAUUGAAUUGCUGAAAAAAUAAUCAACUUUUAUGUCUCGCGACUGCACACGUACUCUGGUGUCAGGUGAUGAGUUCGAUUCCCUGUGCAAAGACGCGCUUUCUUAUGCAGGUGAAAUACAAAGUAUCUCCUGUACUAAGCCGACGUGUUCGGCAACCAGCUACUGAGGACCAUAAAUUUUGAGUUUACAAUGAACGACCGUGUAUGAGACAUAGCUAUCAUACUAGUGAAGGCAACAGCUUGGUCAAUGUAUCAAUGAGUUCACCGCUAAUUUUUGCUAAUAGUCGCGUUUAUGUUGUUAUGUUUAUUUUUAAAUCAAUGCUGGUUAUUUGGGGCCCAACGUAAGCUGACGUCUUGUCUGCGUAUACAGUGGAUGUGCUCGUGCGUUUUAUUGAUGCCUUGUACAUAUAAUUUUUUUUUGUGUGCAGAACACGUUCAUGUGCAGAGCACAACAUGUCCACGUAGAGCGCACGCGUCUGUGUCUGUGAUCAACAGUAUAUACAAAAUACUUGUUGUUUGUGAACGAGCGCCCCCGUGCCCUUGUGAAAUGCCUGCCUGUUUUGUGCUCCGAUGGUGAAAUUCAAUGUAUGCUUUCACCUGAAUUAAGUGACCGCACGUGUUAAAACUUUUGUUUCUGAAUAAACGACAUUGUUUGCCGCCCUGCA